CCGGGUGUCGCGCAUGCGCACCGCGCGUGUCGGGGGGAUAUUUGACGGCUGUGGCCGCCGUGGCCGCAUCCCGUGUUUGCGAGCUCCUCUCCCCCUUUCACCUCGUUUCUUCACCUCGUCUUCCCUCACCGCGUCGUGGCUCCGAGCACCUCCUCACCACCCCCGAUGCCCCCGCGCCGGUGAAGAAGAAGAAGCCAUGGCCGGUGCCGAGGACGGGCCCGAGUUGGGCCUCGAUGCGGCCUUGUUGGCCGAGCCGGCGGGCGGCGCCGCGAGGCCGGCAGGGCCAGCUAGGCGAGGACGGGGGGCCCGAGGAGGCGAAGGCGCCGACAACAACAACCACGAAAACAACAACCCCGUAGACAACAACUACAACAACAACAGUCGAGGUGACGGCAACAACGAAGACAACGACGGCAAUAAUGAGCAAGACGACGUCGGCUACGUUGAAGGACACAGCGAGGAGGUGGUGGUUGAGAUGAUUGAGGAGGUGGUGGUUGAGGAGGAGGCCGCGGCCACGCACAGCAGCAAGGAGACGCAGACGGAGACCCCCGAGGCGGCCGGGGUUGCGGACCCCCAGGGCUCGUCCAGGCCCGCGCUCCCCGCCAAGAGGGUCUCUUUCCCGGAGGACGGAGACAUCGUGUCGGGAGCUGUGGAGCCCAGGGACCCGUGGAGGCACGCUUUGGACGCUACUGUGGAGGUCAUCAUCACGGCCUACAAGGAGUCCUGCCUGAAGCUCAACGUGCGACCCAUCCCCAAGCUUAUCAAGCAGUUGCAGGAUAUCACUGAGCUCAGCGGAAGAGUGGAAUGCCUCGAUCUCAGGGCGGAGAAGCUGGACUACAAGACAUGCGAGACAUUGGAGGAGGUGUUCAAGCGAAUGCAGUUCAAUGAGGUCAACGCUGAGUCCACAAGCCUGGAUGAAGACGGAGCCUCGGCGCUCUUCGACAUGGUCGAGUACUACGAGUCGGCCGUCCACCUCAACAUCUCCUUCAACAAGCACAUCGGUGUGCGUGGGUGGCAGGCCGCAGCCAAUCUCAUGAAGAAGACGGGCAGCCUGCAGAUCCUGGACGCACGCAACUCGCCCGUCGCCGACCAGGCCCUGCCGUUUGUGGCGCGAGCACUGCGCAUGCACAGCAGCCUCGCGGUGCUGCACAUGGAGAACGCCAGCAUGUCCGGCCGCCCCCUCCUGCUUCUGGUGUCUGCACUGAAGAUGAACCUGGCGAUGCGGGAGCUGUACUUGGCCGACAACAAACUGAACAGCGGCCAGGACGCCCUGCAGCUCGGCAACCUGGUCAAGUUCAACAGCACCUUGCAGCUACUGGAUCUGCGCAACAACAGCCUCAUGGACUCGGGCCUCCAGCACGUGUGCGAGGGCCUCAAGGAGCAGAAGAAAGGCCUCGUGACACUCGUCAUGUGGAACAACCAGCUGUCGCACGUGGGCAUGCAGUACGUGGCCAGCAUGCUGCCGUGCACGCAGAGCCUGGAGACGCUGAACCUGGGCCACAACAGCGUCGGCAACGAAGGCGUCCUGCGGCUCAAGGAGGGCCUCAUCGCCAACCGCUCCGUGCUGCGCCUGGGACUGGCCUGCACGCGCAUCACCUGCGAGGGUGCAGUGGCCGUGGCGGAGUUCAUCGCCGAGAGCCCGCGCAUCGUCCGCAUCGACCUGCGCGAGAACGACGUGAAGACGGGCGGCCUCAUGGCGCUGGCGCUCGCCCUCAAGGUCAACACGUCGCUCGCCCGGCUCGACAUCGACAAGGAGCCCAAGAAGGAGCAGGUGAAGUGCUUCCUGGACACGCAGAAGAACCUGCAGACCGAGAUCCAGAACUACUGCAAGCGCAACCGCGACGCCGCACGCGACCGGGAGGACGACGGCACGGGCCCCCCGUGUCUCUCCUCGCCCUCCUCGCCCACCACGUCCUUCGCUGCCCUCGACCUGCAGUCGCAGCAGCAGGAGCAGCAGGAGCAGCAGGAGCAGCAGUCGGCUGCUGGCACCCAGGUCGAGUCGGACGGAAGCGUCCCUCGGCCCGCUGGUCGCGACCGGGUGGAGCCGGGCGCAGUGGAGGAGCGGAGCCUACUGUUCGUGCAACAGCUGGUGGCCACCGCGACGUCCCCGCCGCCCCCCAUGCUGCUGUCUCCUCUGCCGCCGCCGGCGCCGCCGGCGCCGCCUGCGCCGCCGCCCCCGCCGCCGCCUGCCGCCGUGGUCAGGAAGCCCAGCCGGUUCCGGGUCACUAUCUCGGAGGAGCCGUGGCAGUCGCAGGUGAAGAGCGGCGCCGUGCAACACAUGGUCAGGUCCGGCAGUCAGGACCUCGGGGGCGGGAAGAGCGACUCCCAGCGGCCGGGCGUCGGGGCGGAGGAAAGCGGUCGCGGUACGGAGGGCCCGACGGCGACAUCGGGCGACGAGCAUCGCGUCCGGAGGGACGGGACGCAGCCGGGAGUUUCGCAAGCCGACGGCAGAGCACGCGUGCAGCAGUCGAGUGGGGAAGCGGUGCCGGCAGGCCCAGAGGACGCGGCUCUCGUGAGAACGCCAGAGUCGGGCCGGUCAGGGGUCGUCCUGACCCAUGACCCCGCGAGGUCAACUUGCGACGAGCGUGGCGCGCCGAUGGACGGCGCCCGGGGUGGUAGUGGCAGGAGUCUGGGGAGCGGCGCUAUUUCCGAGGGUGCUACAAACGAGGAUCUCGCGGCUGUGACUUUACCGUCGGACCGGUCCGGCCGGGGCGAGCGAACGGCACGGCAUGGGGAGGCCGGCACUGUCGCCGAGGGCGCCGCAUGGCGACCAGGGAGGGACGCUGCCGAACGGCGGCGAAAGGAGCUCGUCGGUGGAAGCGACGGUGAAGACGGCGGCGCGGCGCACGUCCCCGGAGGAGGCGCCAGCUGCAACGGUUUGACGCUCGGUGGCGACGGCUCCGUUUUCGUCCGGGGCCACAACAGCGUGGACCAGGCCGGCCUGAACGAGCCCCCGGAGGAGGAGGAGGCGGCGGCGGUGGCGCCAGUGUCAGUCGGACCUUGCAGCGAGUCCGAGCUGGAGCUGGCGCUGGAGCGGGAGCUGGAGCGGGAGCUGGAUGAGGAGCUGGACCACGCGGGGCCUACCCCGGCCGUCCCCAACGGCCUGCGGCCCGAGCUGGUACCGGACGGCGGGUGCCUGGCCACAGCGGACGGGGCGACGAAGAGCGCCGACGCGCCGCCUUUGGGUUCGCCGGAGGACGAUGCCGGUGCGGAUGUGGGCGUGACGGCGGCGGGCGCAUUCGGUCGGGAGCUGGAGCAGCAUUCGCAGGGAGGCAGCCAGGAGACGGCGCACUGACGUCACCCGCACCAGGUUUUCGUCGGAAGAUUAAUUCGUCGCUUCCCUUCCACGCCUCAUGGGACGCCCUGAACUUCUGCGAAUUGAAAUUUGUUGAAUUUUUAAUUUCCCUUCGUCCCGGCUGACGUCUUAUCUCACCCCGUCGCUCCUCCUGCCUUCGAUUCAUUCAUCGAGAGACUCGCUCUUUAAAGUCCACACACACUCACACACUCGCACACAUCCUCGGACAAUGCCGUCGACCCCAUCCCUUUCCAACCAAAGACUGCCAUGGCAAGAUUUUGUUUCGCCAUGUACAGGAAGCCUUGCGGGCUCCUCUUGGCGAUUCUGGAGUCUCUAGUCCGUGUGAUUCCUAAAUGGUCAACACAUCCAAAGCCUGCUCACUCUCCAUUCUCAUCUUGCCCGUUGUUGUUUCACUGAUUUGUGAUUUCUCACUGGACUUUACGGUGGCUUGAUGACUAGCGUGAAGGGAAGGAGAGCGAGGAGGGGAGAGGGACAGAGGAGGAGAGCGGUAUUAAUGGACACGAGGUGACUCGGAGGACAGGGUGAAUGAUGAGAGGGGGAAGGCAUGGGAGAAGAGUGGAGCGGAGAUGAGGAGAGCAAGUGUGAGAGGGGCGGUAUGGAGAAAAUGAAGAAAGUGUGGGAAAGAGCAGACAGGGAGGAGCGGCAGAGUGAGGGGUGGAUGAGGAGGCGAGCGGGUAGGCGAGACGCAGCGGGGAUGCCAGGAGGGGAAGAGCGCCAUCAAGAGAACAUGCAACGUUGUCACAGAUGUACUGGUGACCAAUUUGAAAUGUACACUAACCCAUAGUUCGGGCUUGAGCGUCACUAAAUCCACACAUCCAAAGCUUUAAUCGGAGGCUGAUAUAUUUACUUAACGUGGGUGGGGGGGGUGUACAGGUCUCCUUUAUUUUGCCGAGCACCGGGGUCGCGCAGGCGGUGAUGCGGCUGGGAUCUGGGCACAAAACUGCUGUUUUGCACACUCUCCGCGCGAGCCCUCUGCCGUCCCAACUCCUCCGUUCGUUGCUGGACGAACAUUUGAUUAUUUUGAGAACAUUUUCCCCGCCCUCUUCCUCAUCACAUAAUCCCGUGCAUCCUGAAUUUGGUUGCGCGUGUUCGGUGCGAGCGCGCAGCGUCGGUUGGGAUGUUGCCGUCGGGGGCCGCGUCGGCACAACGGGGUGGGGGAGGCCUCCAGCGCCGGCGACGAUGCCAACGACGGCGGUGGCUUUGGUGGCGAGGAGCGGUGGGGGAGCGGUGGGCAAUGGUGGGAGUGGCGAUCGCGCGUGCAUGCAGUUAACUUUUCUUUACUUGAAACGGCGGAGUGUCCACCCCUGCCUGCCGCCCGUGUAUCGCGUGAUGAGCGUCGUGCGUGCCCGACCGCCUUUGUCUCCCCACUUCCCCCCCCCCCCCCCACACCAUCACCUGUGCUGUGGGUGGAAAACGUGGGCCUGGCAUGCUGGGAAGAAGUCCGUGGGCCCAAUCUUUAGCCAAGGUGCUCACUGGGUUAGGUGGCUCACAUCUCUUAAGCCUAAUUAAUGACUUAAUUAUUUAGUUAAGACUCUUAAUUAUCUGGGAGAGAGUCCUGGUUGCAACUCAAGCCUCUUUGAUAUGAGAGUUUGAUCGUGGACGGUGAGAUUCGCUGGGUUAGACUUGGGUUCGAAUCGUGAGGUGGAGGGUUGGAUGAGUUAUAUAUAUAUUACACAUGGCGCUUUAUGUUUUUUUGUGUUUUCUCUUAAUUUGUGUAUAAUUUUUUUUGCGUUUGUCAAAGGCUUGCGGACAAGGGGAGGGCCCUGGUGGUGGCUUUGAUUUUGAGGUUUAUUAUCAAAAAGAGUUAAUUGUUUGCGAUUCCCGAACUCGAGAUAAUUACAGUCACGGUUUAGGUGUAGGAGUGUACAAAAUGAUCCAUUCGUAACGUUAGUAAGUGCUGUUCGUGAGCACCUAUCAAGGCUGGCACGAAACACGGGGAGGGGUUGGUGUGACCCAGCUCCGUUAAAGCCCAAAUGACUUUGUCUCCCAAAUGCUGAUACUCACACAGUAUGCAAGGUACUCCUUUAAGACGGAGUCAACCUUGGGGAGGCACAAGAGAGGUGCAAAAACCCUGUAUCACGGAUGUAGAGCAUGGCCAGGAAAAGCACAUGCACACACAUACACAUAGGCAUGACAAACGCUCACAUAGUCUCGUACAUCUGUCACUUGCAGAAGCUGCUUCUGGUUUGCCGUUCAUUGCUUUGUCAGUCCUCGCUGGGGUCUCGUGGGUUGGAGUGUGGGCUUCACAUGGGAUUAUAAUUCACACUGCCCCCGCCCCCACUCUUGCUCCACGUGGCGAUAGGGAAGCUUUAAUUGCUUUUUACAAACGACGUAAUUCUGGAAACACGAGUGAACGCAGAGCGGCCUCGCAGCCCCUUCUCGGUUGUGUGCGCUCCCACUUGACCUGUAGAGGAAUCCACCCCAGUUGUCGCACCAUCGGUCGUUGCUGAGCUGGGCUGCGGCAAGGCUUCGGAGAGAUGCAGACUUUUGGUUUGGGGACUGGGUUUCGGCUGAACUCUCUAUGGGUUUUGGCCGGGUUUAGACGAGACACCGACUGGGUUUGGGUUACAUUUGGAUUGUUCUGGGGCUGGUUCUGAGCCGGAUUGGAGCUCGGUUCAGACUGGGUUCAGGCUGGCUUUAGACUGGAUUUGGGCUACAUUUGCUUGGUAUUUAAGCCACGUACAGGCCAGGUUUGAUCUUAUUUUUGGGAUAAAUCUACAUUGUCGGAUUACCUCCCUUCUCGCCCUGACCUCACGGCGACCGUGCUUGUGUUUGCAUUACCGAUGUUAUUAUUGUGGUGUUGUUGUUUUAAGCAGUUUAUUUUGUUGGCUCCAGAUACAGAUGGAUGUUACGACUCGCAACGCAGUUGUCAAGUUUGCUCGCUAUGCAAGUGCCUCCCACACCCUGAGGGACACGGAGACAUUUUAUUUUUAAAUCGUACAGGGAGCGAUUGCGUGAAAGUAAAUAAAAUUCAGUUAAAAUUAAUUUUCCUCCCCGAGCGAGGCAACGACUUGGAGAUUCGUCGGCGGGCCUUCGUGUGGACGAUGAUGAUGAAGGCCGUGGGGACCAACCACGUCCCUCCAAGCGACUGGAAACAAAAUCUGGUUUAGGUUUAACCUCUCGCAACGCGUAUUCCGAAUGCGCGCCGCAGAGAGCCGCAUGACACCACAGCCACAGCAGCGGUCCAUUGUUCUCUGUAUUGAUUUAUAUUCCAUGUUAGCUCGCAGGCAAUCUUAAACGAGACGGAGAAGAAUUAAUUCUUGGGUAGAAUCGUGACCCCCGAAUGGCAUGACGAUGCGUAGAUGUGUAGCAUCGAUGGGAGGUGACUCUUUACACGUGUGAUGCUCGCACACGGUGUGCUGCUGUGUGCACCUAAAAGCGCAAUGUGUACACGUGUGAUGCUCGCACGCGGUGUGCUGCUGUGUGCACCUAAAAGCGCAAUGUGUACGCGUGUGCGUGCACACAGCGCGGUGUAUGUACCCGAGGCAUGCUGUGUCCACAUGCAUGCGCGCAGUAACGCGGUCAACGCACAGUGUACUGCGUGCAAACGCACAUACACGCACCUCUGAUUCGCGUGGUUGGCUAUGCACGGUGCGAAAGAAGUUUGACAUACAUACACGCUUUAUGCAUGUACAGUAUACUUUGUCCAUGUAAUAAUAUGGUUGUGUGUGCGCAUGCACAUACACAAUCUAACGUGUACACACACCACGCGGUGGUGCUUCAUGGGCAGUUACACAAAUUAUGCAACCUCCGUCACAUUCAACCGAAUGAUUCGUGACGGGUGUCGCUUCGGAAGUUGUCGUAGUCUUAGGAAAAAAAUUGAUUGCUCUGUGGGAGAGAGUCGGGUGGUUUGAGGGACACAAAACCCGAACGCGCCGUCGCCAUUGUGGCGUCGGUGACGCAAAGUGAGUUGGGUCCGAGUGUGUCCGACACCGCCGUGUUUUAUGGGCAUCGUCGAGAAAGGUGGCGGGGGUGGACAUAACUUCUGUUUGAAGUGCAGCCCCCAAUCGGUUGGCGUUUGGCGCCCAAGUGGAACGGGGCCACGUCAGGAAUGUGUUUACCCACGUGUCUCUGAGUGGCCCAGGUGUACUUCCAAAUUUCUGGAACUGCCCCUCCCAUGAGCCCCACACGGCCCCUGAUGCUUCUCGCUCUCAUGGCUCAGGUGAGAAGAGGGGGUUGGGGGUUGAAACCUGUCUGGAUCUCCCUUAAGGGGAGGUGGGGGGGGGGGUUGAGGGGUGGAGCUAAGAUUCUUGAUCACUGCCAGGUUCAUUCACCAGCAGAUGUCAAAGUUGCCGUGGCUGUAGCUGCUGCUGCUGUUUACGUUCUGGUUUAGAGCAGUGUUUUUGUUGACAUUUUUUUGCUUUUUGGGUGUAAUUUUCACUCCCCCCCCCCCCGAUGGCUGAUUUAUUAUGUUCGUUGGCAUGAGACCAGGCCGUCAAUAGCACGCACGCUCUGGGUGACCGUCGCUAAUCAGGGGGGAGUGGUGGUGGUAGUGGCGCUGGGUUUUGUAUUCGCGGUGCCUGCCGUGCGCAUCUCUCGGUGUGCAGUACACGAUGAGAAUUGGAAGCAGUGGUUUGUCUACCCUGGGAAGCCUCACUGGGCUCUCUCUGAUGUGCGUGGUAUUUUUCGGGUCGUACCGCGCUCUGUUCGGCGCGUUGUCUUAAGUUUCGUUGCGCGUGCUGGGACUUCUUCGGGAACCAAACGGGGGUUCCUGAAGAAGCUCGCCGGCGAGUUGAGCGGAACGUCUGACAUCGUGCGGCGGAACGGCCGCAAAGCGGCACAACCCAGAAACACAUCGGAGAGAUGCACAGCAGCACAACGGCGAAUACCUGCGCAGUAGCAAGCCUCACUUAGCCCCGAACUUCCUAAUGCAGGGAAAUGUCCGGCCACUUCCCUUUUAAUGAGUAUAUUUUGCGUACGCCAAAUGAAUGAGAGCCCGGAGAAUACGCACCCAUGCGAGAGGGGGGAUCGCACUCGGCCAUAUCGUGGCAACGAUACUGUAGAGAGCAGAGCUUUCGGGGUCUGCUAACUCUGUGACAGCCAGGAGACCCUGCAGCAUGAAGCGAUGGCCAGGUGCGGUAGUGACACGAUCAACGCCAUUGCCCGUGUUGACCUCUUGACCUUGGUGGAGGGCGGACUGGGCAGGCGAGUUGGGACAAUGCUGAGGCUGGGUGGGAGAUGUGGGGGGGAGGGUAGGGGUUAGGGUCGGGGUCGGCAGGUGACCCCUGCGCGCUAAGAGAAGCUCUCUCCCGUGUUUGUUUUUAAAUCUGCACUGCCUUCGUGGCUCGAACCCGAAACUUUUAUACGCGAUUGCGCGUGUCUGUCCGCCGAUCCGAGACGGUUCUGGGCCCGGCGCGCUGCGCACAUCUCUGUCCAACGCUCUCAUCCCACGAUUUGUAUUUGUCCCUUACAUAGUAAUAAUUUAAUAAUUGUCACUAUAGUAAUAUUGUGUAUAGAGAUGUUAUUAAGUUUCACGUUUUGCCUUUGCGUUCUGGGUGUUAAUGCGUCCGCUUAUUCUUGGGGUUUUUUUGCGGGGGGUGGGGGGGUGACAUUGUGUUUUGCCUUUAUUUAGUUUUUCAUGUUUAAAAUCAUCCUUAGAAUCGGUGCUGCUGUUGGCAAUGAGUAAUAAUCGCGAGAAUAAUAAAAAAAACUCAAAUCAAACGCUUGGGCGGAGGGGAGCGCGAAGGCAGCAGGAACUGCGACCGUGACCGAACGGGGACCCGGCGCGAGUUCCAAUUUUAUUCGUGUACAGAACCUUUUCGCAUUGCUGGGUGAGCGGGGUGGGUGGUUCAGUGAGUGUAGAGAUGCCUCAGUGGUUGGGUGGUUUGAUAAAUGGAUGAGUGGCUGGGCGGGCGGAUAGGUGGAUUGUGAGUCGGUGCUCGCCUUUGCGGCGAGGUGGGUGAUUAAAGUACAUGUGUGGGGGGGAGUGAGUGACUUGGGUGUGUGUGGGUAAAUUGGGUAGGUAGGUGGGUGGGUGAGUGGUUGGUUUUUUGUGGAUGUGAGUAGGUGCGUAGUUUCACCAGAGGGCGGGGAGGCGAGUGAUUAGGUAAGUGGGUGAGUGGCUGAUUGAGAUGGGGAAGUUGUUGGUGGGUAAGUUGUGGAUGUGAGUAGGUGAGUGGCUUCGUGCUUGGAUGGAUAAUUGUGUGUCUGCGCGCGAGUGCAUGUCUAAGUGGGUGGGUGAUCGGGUGGGUGGGUGAUCGGGUGGGUGGGUGGAGGAGUUUUUGUUUUUUUUGGGACGUGGUGCGGGUUGCCUUCUAUUGUAAUUACCGCCCGGACACUACACUGGGUGUGUGUGUGCAUGACACUAAUCCACCGCUGGGCCCAAGCGGUGCACGGGCAGGGCGCGGGUGCGCAGUCUGCGAGCUUCUCUCCCUCGCGCUGCAUUGCCCCCCGGGAGUUGGGGCAUUGGGGUGGGCGAGCGCGGUGGGAGAUGAGGGGAGCGGAGCGGGGGAGAAGGUGUGGAGGAGAGCGAGCGAGGGAUGUCCACGGCGGGGUUCACUUCAUCAAGUAUUUGUGGAAUUCUAUCCAUCCACCAGAGUUGACCUCCACCCUCCUGCACCCGUCCUCCACCUCCAGUGUCCACCCACCAUGGUCUCUCCCGUCCGUCCACCCACCUCCCCGUGCCUUCAUUUUAAAUAGCUCUGCCGUGUGUACAUAUUAUAUAUAAAUACAGUAUAUAUGUGUGUGUGCGUGCGUGCGCGCUCUCAUAAGUUGGCAUCGCAUCUUGGUACUGCUCUGUUUGGAGUGUGGAGCAUGGUUCUUCAGAGCGUCGUCCACUUAAUUUAAACAUCUGUCUGCCACCCUCCUCCACCCGUGCCCCCUCCCAUGUCCCAUGAUCGUUGGCCACCACCGCUGCUGUUGCUGCUGCCCUGGUGGCGCGGGGCGUGUUUUCACGGAGGGUUGUUUGACCGAUAAGCUUGGUCGGAGAUGGUGCGGGCUGUGUACACUUUUAGGCAGGGGGACGAGGGCAGAGGGAGGGUGGAGGAGGUGUCAUCCAUGUGCCCGUCCGUGUAUGAUCGUGUAUAAGAAAUAAAACAUGCGUUUUGCAA